GCGGCCGGGCGCUACAGCGGCUGGGCGUCCGCUCGUUGCUGCUGCCGCCGUCUCUGCCGCCUCAUGGCGGCCAUUGGGGUUCACCUGGGCUGCACAUCAGCCUGUGUGGCCGUGUAUAAGGGAAGGCCGCUGCGGACCCGGCACCUCGUGGACGCGGGAGGCCCCGAGGGGAGGCGGGCCCGCGGACGUCGUGGGCACACGAGGCCCGGAGGGGGACCUGAACAUCUGGUACCCGAAGAUUCUGGACAUUUGCCAAGAAAGGGCGGAGUGGCCGCGAUCUGGAAGUGGAGCUGUUGAUCCCGCGAAGCGUGUGAAGCCAGUUGAUGGAUGGCCGGGCUGAUGUGGUUGCAAAUGAUGCAGGUGACAGAGUUACUCCAGCUGUUGUUGCUUACUCAGAAAAUGAAGAGGUUGUUGGAUUGGCAGCAAAACAAAGUAGAAUAAGGAAUAUUUCAAAUACAGUAAUGAAAGUGAAGCAGAUCCUUGGCAGAAGCUCUGAUGACCCUCAGGCUCAGAAAUACAUCACGGAAAGUAAAUGUUUAGUCAUUGAAAAAAAUGAGAAGUUACGAUUUGAAAUAGAUACUGGAGAAGAAAAGAAAUUUGUCAGCCCUGCAGAUGUUGCCAGAUUGAUAUUUAGUAAAAUGAAAGAAACGGCACAUUCUGUCUUGGGCUCAGAUGCAAACGAUGUAGUUAUUACUGUUCCAUUUGAUUUUGGAGAAAAGCAAAAAAAUGCUCUUGGGGAAGCAGCCAGAGCUGCUGGGUUUAAUGUUUUGCGGUUAAUCCACGAACCAUCUGCAGCUCUUUUGGCUUAUGGAAUUGGACAGGACUCCCCCACUGGAAAAAGCAACAUUUUGGUAUUCAAACUUGGAGGAACAUCCUUAUCUAUCAGUGUCAUGGAAGUAAACAGUGGAAUAUAUCGUGUUCUUUCAACAAACACUGAUAAUAACAUCGGAGGUACACAUUUCACAGAAACCUUAGCACAGUACCUAGCUUCUGAGUUUCAAAGAUCCUUCAAACAUGAUGUGAGAGGAAAUGCCCGUGCGAUGAUGAAACUGAUGAACAGCGCUGACACCGCCAAGCAUUCUCUGUCAACCUUGGGAAGUGCCAAUUGUUUCCUUGACUCGUUGUAUGAAGGUCAAGAUUUUGACUGCAAUGUGUCCAGAGCAAGAUUUGAACUUCUCUGUUCUCCACUUUUUAAUAAAUGUAUAGAAGCAAUCAGAGAACUCUUAGAACAAAGUGGAUUUACAGCAGAUGAUAUCAACAAGGUUGUCCUUUGUGGAGGGUCUUCUCGAAUCCCAAGGCUACAGCAAAUGAUUAAAGAUCUCUUCCCAGCUGUUGAGCUUCUCAAUUCUAUCCCUCCUGAUGAAGUUAUCCCCAUUGGUGCAGCUAUAGAAGCAGGAAUCCUUAUUGGAAAAGAAAACCUUUUAGUGGAAGAUGCUCUUAAGAUAGAGUGUUCAGCCAAAGAUAUUUUAGUUAAGGGAGUUGAUGAAUCAGGAGCCAGCAGUUUCAAAGUACUGUUUCCAUCAGGGACUCCUUUGCCAGCUCGAAGACAGCACACAUUACAAGCCCCUGGAAGUAUAUCCUCAGUGUGUCUUGAACUCUAUGAGUCUGAGGGGAAAAACUCUGCAAAAGAGGAAAACAAGUUUGCACAGGUUGUGCUCCAGGAUUUAGAUAAAAAAGAAAAUGGGUCACGUGAUAUAUUAGCUGUUCUUACUAUGAAAAGGGAUGGAUCUUUACACGUGACCUGCACGGAUCAAGAGACUGGAAAAUGUGAGGCAAUCACUAUUGAGGUGGCAUCUUAGUGUUUUAGAGAAACGAUGAAUUUUUUAGAAGUAAACUAUCAACAUUAUUUGGUUUUGUUUAUAAAUGAUGUUUAUAUUAAAACACUUUUUGAAUGAA